AUGUUUUAUAUUAAAAUACUUUUAGAAUAUCAAAGUUCGAAAGUUAAUCAAUGUCAAGGAUCAAUAUUCUCUAAUUUAACCAAUGUAUUUCGACGUAUUAGAACCUAUUUUCAUAGUAAAUCUUCACCAUCUACUAUUUCAUCUUCUUCAUCAUCAACAUCUUACUUUACAUUUGUGCUUUGGUCUUUAAUAGCUAUCAAAGUUUAUCAAUUUUAUCAAUAUCUUAUACCAAUCUCAAUUUUUAUAAUUAUUUAUAAAAUUAUUAAAUAUUUUCUACUCUAUACAUAUUCUUAUUUAAGUCGACAAACACGUACAAAAUAUAUUAUUCAGCGAAUUAUUCGUUUCUGGAAAAUUAGACGUGAUGUUUUAACACCACCGUUAUUACAAAGUAUUAUUCGUUUUUUUAUAAAGGGUGAUAAAAAGCUUAAUCAUAGUUUACAAGAAUCAAUUGAUUAUCUUGUUAGUGCAUGUAUGAUUGUUACAUUAUUUGUUCUUAUUCUUUUUGGUAGUACAUUACUUAUUAUACAGAUCCAUGAUGAAAGUAUACAUAUGAUUAAAUUAACAAGUAAUCUUGUUAAUGAAACACAAGUGCUACAACAUAUGUUACCUGAUAAAGAGCAUAUGAGUUAUAUAAUGGAUAGAGGUCUUAAUAAAUUGUAUAUUUUCGGAAGAAAUUGGAUAACUAAACAGAUUGCAAAAGUUCAACCACCUCGUGUUGAAAUAAAAUGUUGUCUUCCAAUAAAUGUCAUUACAAAUGAAUCACUCUAUGUAAGUACAUUAGGUCAAGAUAAUUUAUCGAAUAAAAAACUUGAAGAACAAAUCUUACACUUAUGGGAUCGUCUUUAUACAUAUAUAACAAAUACAUCAACAUUAUUUAUUACACAUAAAAAUUCUAAUAGAAUAUUAUAUUCAUCAUCAAAUCAAAAUUUUCGUUUAUUGAAUUUUUUAACAUAUAUACAAACAAAUUUUGAUUUUCAUAUAAAUGAUCUUUAUCAUUUAAUACGGGAUAAUCUUGAUUUAUUACGCACUAUUCUUGAUUCAGUUUGGUCAAAUGUUUCAAUUAUUUUAACAUUAAUUUCAACAAUUAUUUCAUUAUUAUUUACGGGUGGUUUUGCUUUAUUGAAUUUUUUUGUUUCAUUUAUUGUUUUUGUUACUUUACUAUUCUAUCUUCUAUCACAUUCAGAUCAACCAAUAUAUCAACCAACAAUAUGGCUUAAUAAUACGUUAGCAAUAGGUGGUUCAGGUUUAGGUAAAGCAGUUAAUGAUGUUGUAACAAGUGUUUUUAUUGCUUCAUUAAAAAUUGCAACUUUUUAUGGACUUUAUACAUAUGUAUUACAUACUUUACUUGCUUCAAAUUUUGUUUUUUUACCUGCUGUUAUUGCAUCAAUAUGUGCUGUUACUUUACAGUCAUAUUGGGCAGCAUUACCCGGUUGUCUUGAUCUAUGGCUUGUACAACAACGUCCAUUAAGUGCCUUUAUAUUAUUAUUUGCUCAAAUUGCACCUGUUUAUAUUGUUGAUACAGCUAUUUAUAGUGAAGUUAAAGGUGGAGGACAUCAGGUAUAA